UUCGUAAUUGUAGGAUUAUUAGUAAUCGGCGUCGACCAAUCAGAAGCAGCUUAUAAGUUACGAGUGAAGCUAGAGGCUGAAGCUGAAACGACCGGAUCUCGUGAGGAAGAAGGAAGAUCCGUGGCGUUCCCGUUUUUUCGCGAUAUUUUAUCCGAUUUUGAUUGAAAAUAUCGAAUUCGGUCGCGUCGCAGUUAUCAUUAAUCAGCGAGCAAUCUGAUUUUCGUCGAUAUAAUGAAGCAUUAAGCCAAUUUAAUCCAUAAGUUCCGUGUCAAUCUCGUGAAAUGGAGUCGCGUAUCAUCUUUUUCGAUCGAGAUUACUUCAAUACAGAGAUAUCGCAGGGCGGUGCUCUGCUCGGGAUCGGAACGUUCCUCGACGACGGUGUCCAGCUCCAGAGAUGGGAAACUUCGAGAACCUCGAUCGCUUUUCAAAGAUACGGUACGUGCCGGACGGUCGACACCAGCUGCAGGACAACGUCAGCGAUACGUAGCAUUGCUGAUAAGCUGCGCGCGAGUUUGCGAGAUUCUCGAGUGCCGAACGAACGUUGCUUUAUGCAAUUAUAGCUUGCGCAUCGUUUUUUCUCACUGUGCAAUAUACGCGAAAUACGCGUGUGAUUCACGCGUGUCGGGAGUGCCGUAUUAAGUGCCGCGCGUCGGGAGUGCCGUGUAAAGUGUCGGGCGAUCGUAAUUUUUCGUGUUUUCGCGAGUGUCGUGAGUGCUGCGAAAGACCACGAGAGGAGGAGAAAAUCCCUGGAGGCAUCGGGCAACAUCGGGGCAACUGUAAGAUCAGUGCUGUAUAUACUACAACUCUGAUAUUACAUCGUAUCGAUGAGGAACACAAGUUCUGCAGUCUGAGAGGAUGUGGAAGUCCUGGAGACAUCGAACCACAGAGGAGCAGUAAGAUGGGCUCGUUUGGGAUCGGAACGGUAGCGAUUACAACAGCGAGCCUGAUAUUCACGGUGCUGUUGGCAAGCGGCGAUGCUGCGUUGGCCAGGACGGCGUUCGAAAAACUCACCGAUUACGAUUAUCGCGGCACCACCUAUUACAGCGUGAGGAAUCUCUCGUUGUACGAGUGCCAGGGAUGGUGCAGGGAAGAGGCCGAGUGUCAAGCAGCCGCGUUCUCGUUCGUCGUGAAUCCGUUGGCGCCGAUGCAGGACACUCUUUGCCAACUGCAAAAUGAAACGGCCGCCACGAAUCCGGCCGCGCAGCCCCAAAGAGCCGCCAACAUGUAUUACAUGACGAAACUGCAGAUAAGAUCCGAAAACGUUUGUUUGCGACCAUGGGCCUUCGAACGCAUUCCAAAUAAAAUGAUUCGCGGAUUGGACAACGCAUUAAUUUACACGUCCACGAAGGAGGCUUGUCUCGCUGCUUGCUUAAACGAGCAUCGCUUCACCUGUCGUUCCGUAGAAUAUAAUUACGUGACGCUUCAGUGUCAUUUGAGCGAUUCGGAUCGUCGAACGACAGGUCAAUACGUUCAAUUCGUAGACGCCCAAGGAGUAGAUUACUUUGAGAAUUUAUGUCUGAAAGGAAAAGAGGCUUGCAAAUAUCAAAGGAUUUUCCAAAUGCCAAGAAUCGGCGUAGCGGAUGACAAAGUUGCACAAUACGCAGGUCUACAUUAUUACACCGACAAGGAGCUGCAGGUUCAGAGCGAAUCCGCAUGCAGAUUAGCCUGCGAAAUCGAAAACGAGUUUCUUUGUAGAUCCUUUCUCUAUCGUGGCGCUCCUCAAGGGUCGGCUUAUAACUGUCAACUCUUUCAUCUGGAUCAUUGGACUCUUCCGGAUGGACCUUCUACGUAUCUUAAUGCAGAAAGACCCUUGAUCGAUAAUGGGGAACGAGUUGGCACUUACUUUGAAAAUUUCUGCGAAAAGGGCACUGGACCAUUAGCAGAUCCGCUACCGGUAGUUUUCGAGACCACAGAAGAUCCUACGCUAAACAAUCUCACUAGAAACGAUAUUAAUUGUGAUAAGACCGGCACUUGUUACGAUGUAUCGGUUGACUGUAAAGACACUCGUAUCGCCGUCCAAGUUCGUACGAAUAAACCCUUCAACGGACGUAUUUACGCCCUUGGACGAUCCGAAACUUGCAAUAUUGAUGUUAUCAAUAGCGAUCUCUUUAGGUUGGAUCUCACAAUGAGUGGGCAAGACUGCAAUACUCAGAGCGUGCGUGACGGUUUUCAGACUGGGAUUUAUUCAAACACGGUUGUACUGCAACAUCAUUCCGUGGUAAUGACAAAAGCUGACAAGAUCUACAAAGUUAAAUGCACAUACGACAUGUCCUCGAAGAAUAUAACAUUCGGCAUGAUGCCGAUCAGAGAUCCGGAAAUGAUCAGUAUCACUAGCGCACCGGAAGCACCUCCACCGAGAAUUCGCAUUCUUGAUAGUCGAUCGCGGGAAGUUGAAACUGUACGCAUUGGCGACAAAUUGACAUUCAGAAUCGAAAUCCCGGAAGACACACCAUACGGUAUUUUCGCUCGAAGUUGUGUAGCUAUGGCGAAAGAUUCGAAAAGCACGUUCCAAAUUAUCGACGAUGAAGGGUGUCCGGUCGAUCCUUCCAUCUUCCCCAGUUUCACUCCCGACGGUAACGCUUUGCAAUCUAUAUACGAAGCUUUCAGAUUCACCGAAUCGUACGGCGUGAUUUUCCAAUGUAACGUAAAAUACUGUCUGGGACCCUGCGAACCGGCUGUUUGCGAGUGGGGACGCGAAUCUGUAGAAUCGUGGGGCAAGAGACGUAGAAGAAGUCUUGCGAAUUCGACAGAGGAGAAAGGUGAAGAUAUGACUCUAUCCCAAGAGAUCUUAGUGCUUGAUUUUGGCGAUGAAAAGCAAUCCGAUUUUCUUAAGAGCGAUGCCAGCAUAGACUUCAAUGGAGCAGACAAAACGGUAACCAUCGUGGAGCCAUGUCCAACAAAAACCUCGGUGCUGGCACUCGGGGUAACGUGUGCUCUUCUGGUGCUCAUCUAUAUCUCCACGAUCUUCUGUUACUACAUGAAGAAGUGGCUGACACCUCGUAAAAUGAUGCCUUAAAGGAUUGAAAGAGGGUUCAUCUCCGCAGAGCGCAUUCGCAAAAAUAGACGAAGAGAACGAUAAUGAACAGAGUGCGAGAGUUCACACAUACAUUCACACGUAUACACAGGCAUAUUCAUAUCGUAAGUUAUCAAACAAUUCAUACUUAGCAAUACUCUCAUUUAUUCGCCCUCUCAUUCCUAUAUUAUAUAUAUAUAUAUGUUCAUUUUCAUUAUAUUCGCAACGGGUAAAGAGCAUGCGUAUAUAAUAAGAGAUAAAAGAUUUUUAUUUUUAUUAUUCAAAGGGGGCACAAUCUCGUAUAUCAUGCGCAUCUGAAUUAUACGUAUGAUCCAUUUAACAUUUUAUGCAAUGUAUCAUUAAUGACGAUCGCAGGAAUUAAUUGCGCAAUGCAAUUAAUUACGCGACAUCGAUUAUUAUUGUACUGAUGCAUAAUAUUUAAAAGAAUAGUUCUAUGCUCGUUAAUAUAGAUCGAUAUUUUCGAGACAGCUAUUCGACAGACAUUAAUAAUACUAUACAUAAAUCGUGUUUCAUGUGCGAAAAUAAGUUUACAUACACAUUAAAACUACUGUGACUGAAUGCGACGAAGAUUACACGGAUCUCUUGUACCAUAUAUAUGUUGAAAGGAAACACCUACACAUAUUCGAGGUCUAUAACGAGGAGAAUGACUCGACAUUUCUUGACCGAAGUAAUAUUUAGCAACGAACAGCUCAUGAAUAUCGCAAUUUUCAUUAAGAUUUGCGUCUUUUUUACGAUGGUCACAGAUUAUAUAACUAAUACGCGUCAAUUAUAACAAAGCAACAUUUACAUUUUCAUUGAAUGCUAAACAUAUUAGAGAUGUCUGCAAGACUUUAAUAUAUACAACCACUUUGUGGCCGCGUGUACUUAACAACUUUAUAUAUUCUGACUCGUCAGAUUGUACCGGGAUAUCAUUGACAAAGCAAUCGGGAUUGAAUUUUGCUGACACGAUUUAUCUUUAACGUAAGCAUAAGAAAAAGAGCGUUGCUACAUGAGCGACUGUGAUUGAAAUUUGAACGAUGGUUUGCGCAUGUCGGAAAUUUGUUUGUGUAAAGUUGGCGACCGACUCGACUCUUUUGCACACAUAGAUACAUAUACAUACAUACAUACAUGCAUACGUACGUACACAUAUACCGAGCAUAUUUCGCGAAGUUUACUCGCGACUACGAUCAUCUUGAAAAUGCAAUAAGUAAAUCUUAUUUAAGAAUAUUCUUAGAAACAAGCUAACUGUUCUCUAGUAGCUACUUCUGAUCGGGUUGCAAAGAGAACAGAAACGAGCGGACGAAUUUAUUUUUUUCGUAUUGCUCGAAGCGCAAAAUUUCUCUGAUACUUUCUGAAGAGUUGAGAGAUGUGGCUCUAAUUGACUGUUUUUCAGUCAAUGGAGAUCGAUUUGUAACCCGCAUCAAGACUAGCGGUAUUUAAAGGUUCACGCUUCACUAACGUCUUUAAUGAUACAAGUAGCAUUAAGAUAGCAAUUAAGCAUGUAAGCAUAGACAAAAGAAGGAAAAGAGAAUGGAUGAGAAGAUACUUUCUCUGAUUUAGCGGAUUCUCGAAGCGAUUCGUAUUUUGUUCGUUACCUAUUAUGAAUAAAUUUUUCAUAGAGGAAAAAAUAAA